UUUCGCCCCAAUUUUCGUUCGAUCUGUAACAAAUUGCUAUAGCUACCGAGAGAUACUGUAUUAUUAAUUUUUAUAUAUAAACGUUUGAGUUUGUUUUCAUCGAAUCUCAGAAAGAAAAAAAACAGUAGCGACGUACUCAAACUUUCACUUGCGUUAUAGUUUCCUUUCUCCGCGUUCCCUUUCGGUCGUUAAGCUAUGAAGGGUUUUGGAUCUUACAACGAUUGGAGUUAUUAUGCAUCAUCUUCGUCAAAUUUAUCAGCUUUCGCCACACCUUUUAGUGUGAAUCGAUCUUCUCCCAUUGAUGUUUCGCCUCCAUUCAUUGAUCCAGGAGAUGCUGCACGCACUGGGUUCCCGUAUAGAUAUCCAGAUCAAUACUAUGGGACAAAACCUGUUGUUGUUGAACCCCAACCAUAUUUCAAUUCAUAUGGGAUUCUUCAAGAUCUUAAUUCUGCUUCUGUUGUACCUGAUCAUUGGUCUUCCUUUUCGGGAUUUACCGCCUCGGAUGGGGGUUCUUGUACUGAUUAUGUUAAUAAGCCCAAUGACUUAGGGUUUGCUGGUCAAACUGUUGCUAAUCAGUUUGCGGAUUUUGGGAAUGGUAAAGGGAAUCAGAUUGGAGUUGGGGCUAAUAAGCCUAAUGAGUUAGGGUUUGUUGGUCAAGCUGUUGCUGAUCAGUUUGCGGAUUUUGGCAAUGGUAAAGGGAAUCAGAUUGGAGUUGGGGCUAAUAAGCCGAAUGAGGUAGGGUUUGUUGGUCAAGCUGUUGCCGAUCAGUUUGCGGAUUUUGGCAAUGGUAGAGGGAAUCAGAUUGGAGUUGGGGCUAAUAAGCUGAAUGAGUUUGGGUUUGUUGGUCAAGCUGUUGCUCAUCAGUUUGCGGAUUUUGGGAAUGGUAAAGGGAAUCAGAUUGGAGUUGGGGCUAAUAAGGCGAAUGAGUUAGGGUUUGUUGGUCAAGCUGUUGCUAACCAGUUUGCGGAUUUUGGGAAUGGUAAAGGGAAUCAGAUUGGAGUUGGGGCUAAUAAGCCGAAUGAGUUAGGGUUUGUUGGUCAAACGGUUGCUAAUGAGUUUGCUGAUUUUGGCAAUGGUAAAGGGAAUCAGAUUGGAGUCGGGGGUAGUUUUGCUUUGAAUCAAACAAAUUUUACCGGGUCUGUUGCUGAUGAAAGGAUGAAGUCAGGGGAUUUCGGCAACGGUAAAGGGAAUCAGAUUGGAGUUGGGGGUAGUUUUGCUUUGAAUCAAACAAAUUUUAACGGUCCUGUUGCUGAUGAAAGGAUGAAGUCAGGGUGUCAGGAUGUAACUGUCUGUCAUGUUGAGGGUCCACAUAUGAUUGGUUGGGAGAAACAUAGCUUGGCUACACGUGCGGAUCCUGUCGAUGAUAAACCAUUCUGGUGGAGAACCACCAAACUCGCAAGUGCAGGGUGUCAAGAUAUAACUGAUAGUCAUGGUGAGGUUCCACAUAUGAUUGGUUGGGAGAAACAUAGCUUGCCUACAAGUGGGGAUUAUUUUGAUGAUAAAUGUUGCUGGUGGAGACCUACCAAACCCAUGCCAGUUGAUUUUUCGCAUACUUCAGUUUGGCAAUCUCCUCCACUGUCUCUAGAGACUCGUCAUGAGCCCCCCUUGAAAUUAGCUGUAGAUUCAGGGGACCAUGACUUUUCAUAUACUGAUGUAUAUGACAAACACUCGGGGCAGCAAGAUAAACAAACAAGAGUUGAUACAGUUUCUUCGACAUCUAUAACAGGGUCAGGUACAGAUUUAAACCUUGGCAUUUUUGUUCCAGAUGGAGGCUCUGGACACAAAAAAUUCUAUGAUAUAAAGGAGGCUGCUGCUUGCUUUGGUUUAAAUCUCUGCAUGAAUCUAGAAGAUAGUAACGAAGCUUCCUCAUCAAACAAUGCAAUGGUUUCAGAUAUGAACGAUUCAGGGGAUGUUGUGGAUUAUAAAGAUAAAGCAAGACAUGAAUUUCAACAUCUUCUGCCAAAUCCAGGUCUUUUAAGCUUGGGACUCAAUGCUAUUCAGGGUGUUAAUUCUGUUGAUAAAUCUUUUGACUGUGUUGGUGAUCCAUGUAAUCCCUCUGUAGACUCACCUUGCUGGAAAGGAGCUCCUGUUUCUCAUUUUUCUUAUUAUGAAUCUUCUGAGGCUUUACCUCCUGAAAAUGUGCCUAAAAAUGAAUGCUUUGGUUCUGUUAUUAGGGAGCCCCAGAAUUUUCUUCUUGAUGACAAAAAUAAUUUCAAAAAGCCAUGUGACAGCAGCCUCCAAAUGCACAUUCAAAUUGCUGAUCAGGAAACAUAUUCAGCGGGUUCUUCCUCGAAACAAAAUUCAGAAACAAGAUUUGCAUCUGAUGAUUGCAAUGUAGUGAAUGCUGGACCUUUUCACUCUGAGCCAUCUUGUGAUUACAAGCUUCAAUAUCAAGACGAUAUUGCCAAAAUGAAGGAUAAUAGUGUACCACCAACCAAACCAAUUGAUUGUGAGUCUGGAUCUUCUCAUGAUGAGGAUCAAGUUACAGAGGAAAACAAAUUGGCGUCUCAAAAACUACAUACCUUAUGCAUUGGUGGUGCAGAUGCCAGAUACAAUGAGAAUAUAUGCUCGGCGUCUGGUACAUCUCUUACCGGAGGACAUGCCCUGUCUUUGUCUUCUUCAGUGGAAGAUGCAUCUACUACAUCUGAAAAAUCAGCCGGGAAAGUAUCAACUGAGGAAUUAAAUGCCCAGAUGCUGGUUGAUACCAUGAACAAAUUUUCACAGUUGCUUCUUAACCAUUGUUUAAAUGAUGCUUGUGAGCUGGAAGAACAAAAUUGCAAUAUUCUUAGAGAUGUGAUCACCAAUCUUAAUACAUGUGUUAUGAAGAAUGCUGAGCAAAUUAAUUUGGCUCAAGAAUGUCUUCUCCGUCAGCCAGAAACUUCUAGAUGUGCUGUAGAACCAUGUGAACUUCAAAAGGGGGUCCAAUUAACCAAGAUAGGACCAGAUGAGCAUGAAAAUCAGCUUGCUCGAAAGACAGAUCUUUGUUUUGGAUCUGAGAAGCCACAUUGGAUGCCUUCAGGCUUCAUUUCCCCAAGCGGUGGUGCAGCAAUUACGAAGGAAGAGAACAUGACUAAGGCUAUAAAGAAUAUUCUUAGUGAGAAUUUUGAUGAUGAUGAAGCAACAGAGUCUCAGACUCUAUUGUAUAAAAAUCUAUGGCUUGAGGCUGAAGCUGCAUUGUGUUCCGUCUCUUACAAAAAUCGCUAUCAUCAAAUGAAGAUUGAAAUGGAGAAACAAUCAUACAAGCAACGAGACAUGGAGCAGCAUUCAAAAUCUGAAGUUAUUCCUAGUUUAAGCAGGAGUAGGAGUUCUGCAAUUGAAGUUAACAAAUGUCUAAACGCUGAUUCUUCUGCUCAGAAUUUGGCCGACUUAGCUGCUACCAUUCCAAAGGAACAUUCCCAGUUGAAAUUUUCUUCUGAUAUGAACAUGCUUAAUUCGUUGACACCUGAAGCAGAUGGUGGUCAAAACUUGUAUAGUUUCAUCAAGAAUUAUGCUGUUUCUGGCACAAACAAGGAAGUGGCUGGAAAUGACGAGGCUUCUGUUAUGGCCAGAUACAAUGUUAUUAAAUCCAGGGCUGACAAUUCACGCAUCCUUGCUAUUGCUUUGGAGACACCAUCAGACAUAGCAGACAUGUUGGUACCUCAAGAAACAGAUAAUCAAAACCAGGUUAAUAUCUGUCGGGAUUUUCCAAUUCCUGAGAAAAACAAGGCUAAUUAUGAGACAUCUGUUUUGGCUAGAUUUCAUAUUCUUAAGUCCAGGGCUGCUGCUGAAGAUUCAAGCUCUGUAUCUUCAACAGAGAAAUUGUUUGAAUUUUCUGGUGAAGGAGUAAAGGAGACAGUAACUACAAAAGAUGCAUUAGAGGGUGAAAGUUUGAAUGCUAAUCUCGAUUUCUACACUGCCGGGGAUGAAACAACUCCAAAGGAGAUUCACCUGGAUUGGGGGGAUGUUCAGCCUACUAAUUAUCACUUCGACGGCUUGGCAUCAGACUGGGAACAUGUGUAGAAGAGGAGCUUGUUGUGCUAGAAACCGUGACAGAUGGAUUAUAUGACUGAAUAAUUUUUUCUGCAUUAAAAUUUCUCUAUUAUCUUACAUUCAUACUGCAGAAUUUGGUUUUGAAUCUCUUUUACCAUGAUUGUAUAUAACUUCAGCGGUAUUUGUUUUCA